GGGGGGCGGCCGGGCCGGGAGCGAGCGGGACCGGCCGUGAGUGAGGGGGGGACGCGGUUACCGCGAGCCCUGCCUGCUUUAUGUAAUAGUUUUCAUCGCUUGGAUGCUUCAUUAUGAGCCACUAAUUGGAGCAGGAGCUGAGUUAAUCCCUUGUAGCAGCAGUUUUGGGGCUGGGGCCCAGCCCAGGUGUGCAGGAGGAGCAGGCAGCUCCUGUCGCUGAUGCCUCCACUCUGAGCCCCUCCAGAGGGCCCUGGGAGCAGUGGCCAGGAUGAGGAUGGUGGUGGCCAAGGUGCUGUGCCUGCUGGGGAUGUGUGUGCUGGUGCUGGCGGGGGCCCUGCUGCCCGUCAGGCUGCUGGAGGCCGACCCCGAGCGGGCUCAGCGCUCCCGCAGGGCUCUGGCCCUCUGGAACUCCUUUGGGGCUGGUGUUUUCCUGGCCACCUGCUUCAAUGCCCUGCUGCCUGCUGUCAGGGGCAAGCUCGACGAUGUCCUCAGGCAGAACAACAUCACCACGGACUACCCGGUGGCCGAGACCAUCAUGAUGGUCGGCUUCUUCCUGUCGGUCUUCGUGGACCAGCUCUUCCUGAGCCUGCAGAAGGAGAAACCCUCCUUCAUCGACCUGGAGACCUUCAACGCGGGCUCGGACGCGGGCAGCGACUCGGAGUACGAGAGUCCCUUUAUCGCCUCGUCGCGGGGCCGCGCCCUGCACUGGGAGCACGGCCCGCCCUCGCACAGCCUGGCCCUCCCCGAGCUGUCCCACUGCGGCCCCCGGCGCCUGCUGGGGCUGGUGUUCGCCCUCUGCACCCACUCCAUCUUCGAGGGGCUGGCGCUGGGCUUGCAGGAGGACGGCAGCAGAGUGGUCAGUCUGUUCCUGGGAGUGGCCGUGCACGAGACGCUGGUGGCCGUGGCUUUGGGGAUCAGCAUGGCCAAGGCCUCGCUGCCGCUCAGGGACGCGGCCAAGCUGGCGGUGGCCGUGUGCUUGAUGAUCCCGCUGGGAAUCGGCAUCGGGAUGGGCAUCGAGAGCAGCGGGAGCGCCGCGGGCAGCGUCGCCUCCCUGCUGCUGCAGGGCGUGGCCGGCGGCACUUUCCUCUUCAUCAUCUUCUUCGAGAUCCUGGCCAAGGAGCUGGAGGACAAGAGCCACCGGCUGCUCAAGGUGCUGUGCUUGGUGCUGGGCUACGCCGCGCUGGCCGGGCUGGUGCUCAUCCCGUGGUGAGGGAGCAGAACUCCAGCUCUCCCCUCCCACCGGCUGCGGGAGGAGCCGCCCCUUUCACCGCUGGGACAGCCCAGCCCGGGAGGUGUUUCCAUGAUGAGUUGGAGCAGGAGGAGGAGGAGGAUCUCUUCCCGUGUGCUCAGAGUGAGGAAUAUCCCCGGGGAUUGGCCCUGCCCGAGGGCUGCAGGGAUUAGCGGACACAAACAUUGAGGAUCCGGGUAAAAUCUGCUUCCAAGAGCUCCUCGAGUGUGUGGCUUCCUGCAGUGCCCAGAGCCCACUGUCCCUCCUUCCCCUCAGGCUGGGAGCUCCAGAGGCUCCGAGGAGGUGAGGAACAGACAGGAAUGGAGGCAGAGCAGGUGGGAGCAGGGAUUGCCAGCCUGCACUAAGCUGCUUUCGCUGGCUUAGUUCAGAGCAAAACCUGGUUGUAAGAGCUGCCAAAAAUAACAUCCCUGUGGGGCUUCCAGGACCUGCUGCCUCUGCACAGCUUCCAGUGCCCCACCUGGGGCUCAGGGAGCUCAGCUUUCCCAGGGAUUCAUGGAGAAAAUAAGGCCAGGCCCCUCUGCCCUGAUUCCUUCUCAGCACUGUAUCCACAGGCUGAGCAUUCCCUAAGGAAAACCUCUGAAAAACAGAGGAUGAAUCCCAGGAUGAUUUGGGUUGGGGAGCACCUUAAAACCCAUCCAGUGCCAUGGCAGUGACACCUUCCACUAUCCCAGGUUGCUCCAAGCCCUGUCCUGCCUGGCCUUGGACACUUCCAGGGAUGGAGCAGAGCCUCACGUUAUCCAGAACCUGGGAUCCACGAGCUUGCAGUAACAAUUCCCAGCACUGACGUUUUGGGGCAAAUUCUUGUGUUUUCAGUGCUCUGCAAUCAGAGGGGCUGAGCAGUUGCCAUCAGGAGCUGCUCCAAGGCUUUUCCAGGUUUCCAAAGGAGUGGAAUCACCUCCCUUGUGGGGGGAGAGUGGAGGUGCUGCUGAGAGACACGAGAUGCAGAACCCCGGGGAAGCUGCUGAUCCCGCUGGAUUUACCCUCGGGGGAGAGGAGCUGGGAUCAGAGGCUGGAGCUGGGAAUGUGCUCCCUCCCUAGCAGUGAAACACAGCCUGGCUCAGGCAGGGGCUGCAUUUUAAUUACCCAGAGCCCUCGCUGCUGCUGCUGCAGCUUCCGCCGGCUGCUGGAAGCGCUGAUGGAAUUAUAAGGAUGGCGCAGUGCCGGCAGCGGGAAGGAGGCACCGAGCCUCGGUGGUGGCCCAGCUGCAGCAUAUGGAGGCAGCUGAGCAUCAUCUGACAGAUCCUGGGGCUCGUUAGUUUAAUUGCUGCAACAUCCCCGAGUCAAUUAAUCUUCCUUUGAAAACCUGGAGUGGAAAGGGGGGGCGGUGGAGGGAGGUUAUUUUGGGCCUGGCAUGACACAAAGCAGCAGGAUGAGGAGAACGUGAUUUGGUGAUUCGCCUCGGUGUGGUAAAACCUCGGGGCUGUUUUCACCUCCCCUGGGGGGGAUCAGGGGGGACAGGUGACACUUGUUGAGGCUGUCACCUCCAUUUCACACCCUCCUCCUGCUGCAGUUUGGGAUCGGGGGGGCUGUGAAGUGCCAGUGGGUGCUGAGCUCCCCCAUCCUCAUCCCACCAUCCUGGGGGGGUUCACCCUCACCCUGCCAUCCUGGAGGGGGGUUCAUCCUCCAGGGAGGAGGAGGAGGAGGCCCCGCUGCUCCCAAUAAAUUCCCUGCCCUUCUCC